AUGAGCCCGCGCUUUGACCUCGUCGCUGUGCUGGCGGUGCUGGUGGCCCGCGCUGCUGUGGUGAGCGCCAUCGAUGACCCAGCCCAGUACGUCGAUCAGUUCAUUGGAACGACAAACGGAGGCCAUGUCUUUGCUGGUGCCAAUACGCCCUUUGGAGCAGUCAAGGCCGUGGCCGACACGUCCGGUGGCGACAACACCGGUGGUUUCAGCGGUUUCGACUCGCCCAUCUUUGGCAUCAGCCAGACCCAUGAUGAUGGAACCGGAGGCUCAGCCAGCCUGGGCCACUUUGAGCUCCUGCCUCAGUACUGCUCCUUUGACGAUACCCUCACAAACGGACCGGCGGCUUGCGGCCUCGUGCAGGCCACGCGCGUCAUUGGACAGAAGAAGGGCACAGCCAUUGCGUCGCCUGGCUUCUUCAGCCUCGGACUCACCAACGAUGUCGAUACCAAAGUGACGUCGACGGACCACGUCGCGCUGCACGCGUUCACCUACACGGACCAGCAGCUAGCCAAUGCAACGUCUUCGCAGUCGCAGUCUGGAGCGCAAAGGAUCAAGUACGCGAAGCUGGGAGUCGAGUCGAUCGAUCCCAGCAAGGCCUUCUCGCAGGACCGUGACAGCGAUGAUGUACUUGGUGGCCUCAUGAAGGACCUCGAUCAGCGUCUAGGCCUGCCCACGCGCCGUGACGUACAGCAGGAGGAGGGGUCGCAGUCUGAGAAGAGGCACACCGACAAGCGUUCAGCAGCUGGUGGCCUGCAACAGAGACAGACGGCCAACAGCACCUCUGCCAACUCGCCCGUACUCCUCCUCGACCUGACCAACGACCUGCCACACACCUACCAAGGCCUGGGUUCGCUUUCUAUCGCCAUUGGCCAGGACAAUACAGCCACCUUCAAGGGCACGGGCACCUUCCAGCCAUCCUUUGGCACGGGCACCUACCAGGUGCAUAUGUGCGCCUCUGUGCCUUAUGUCAAGCGCGCCGGCAUCUAUUCGAACAGCACUCUUGAUGCGAGCAAGCUCAGCGUAGACAACCCUGCCCAGUACACGGAGACGGGCGCACUUGUGGAGCUGGAUGCCGCCUCAAUCAAGGCGAACAACAACACGCUCCCCGUCCGCAUCGCGAUCAGCUGGUCGAGCCAGGACAAGGCGUGCCAGUUCCUUAGCGCCGAGAUCCCCGACAGCAGCUGGACCAGCUCGGCCACUUUUGACGCAGUCCACCAGGCCAGUCGAAGCCGCUGGAACGACGUGCUCGGAUCAACGUUCAAGCCAGUCCUCGAUGGCGUAUCAGACGAUCAGAAAAAGAGCUUCUACUCGGCACUCUAUCGCGCCCACCUCGCACCGUACAACAUCACUGGCGACAAUGGCGCAUUCGAGACGACGGAACCGACCUAUGACUCCUACUACUGCAUCUGGGAUUCGUUCAGGACGACGUCGCCCCUCCUGGCCCUCCUCAAUCCUCAAGUGCUCUCCGAGCAGGUUCGAUCGCUCAUUGAUGUCUACCGUCACCAAGGUUGGAUGCCCGACUGCAGAAUGUCGAUCAGCAAAGGCUUCACACAGGGCGGCUCAAACGCAGACACUCUUCUCGCCGACGCCUACGUCAAGGGACUUAAUCAAGGCUUUGGCAUCAACUGGGUCGAUGGGCUCAACGCCAUGAUCAAGGAUGCAGAAGAAUCACCUCCAGACUGGGGCGUCGAGGGUAGAGGAGGCAUCGAGGCUCGAAAGGAGCUUGGCUACGUCCCACAGGACGGCAAGGGUAACGACCCGCCCGGACCCAACGUCAUCAAUGGCCGCAGUGGCUCGCGCACCGUCGAGUAUUCGUACAACGACUUUAGCAUCGCCCUCGUCGCUGCUGGUGAAGGUAAGAAAGACGUCUACACCGACUUCAUCAAGCGGUCUGGCGACGUCUUCAACCUCUGGAACCCGAACCGAACUGUUGAUGGCUUUGCUGGCGUCCUCGACUCGCGCUACACCAACGGCUCCUUCUCCUAUCUCGAGGACCCUCGGAAAUGCAGCCCUGCGUAUCAGUUCGGCCAGUGCUACCUCACGCUGCAGGACUCUGACGCGCAAUUCUACGAGGCGUCGGCCAUCGAGUACUCUUUCCUCGUGCCUCACGACAUGCAUCGCAUGAUUGGGCUCAUGGGUGGCGAUGAUCAGUUUAUCAAGCGGCUCGACAAUGCGUGGGACAAGCAGUACAACGACAUUGGCGAUGAGCAGGGCUUCCUGCCAAACUAUCUCUACAAUUAUGCCCUCAAUGGCUACUCCAAGACUGUGGACCGGGCCCUCUAUACCCUGCGCAAGUAUUUCACGACGGCCACUAACGGUGUGCCCAACAAUGACGACUCGGGAGCGAUGGGCGGCUUUGUCGUCUACACGAGCCUGGGCCUCUUUCCCGUCGCCGGGCAGUCCGUGUACCUGCUCGCCACGCCCCUCUUCCCAUCGUACCAGGUGGUCUCCCAGGUCACGGGCAAGACGGCCACGGUGAAGGCCAACAACUGGGACGGCGCACAGACAAACAAGUACAUCCAGUCUGCCACAUUCAACGGCCAACCAUAUACCAAGAACUGGAUCACGCACAAGGACCUUUUCCUCAAUGGAGGCAACCUCGAGCUGACGCUCGGUUCCGCCCCAAGCGACUUUGAACACAUGGCCUUUUUCUCCUUUCUCUCGUGGUUUCGGCCAUGGUGGAAGUCGACCGAGACCGACUUUGAGACUGUGCUCGCCCGGCUCUCGACCGACAUUGCCGCGGUGCAGACUCGUCUCACGCGCGUCCACACGCGACAGCGCCGCGCGACAGUCACGCUGACCAUCUAUGCCUUUGUCGUCUGGGCCCUCUAUGCCGCCGCCAUGUGGUUCCUUGACCCGUGGGGACCGCGAAACGGGACAGGAGACGCCGGCGAAGACGACGAGGCGGCGCGCCAGGCGCGGUGGCUCUUUGGGUGGGGGCCCGUCCUCGCUGGACCCGUCGUUAUUCUCUCCACGCGCAGACUUGUCAGCUGGUGGUAUCGCCGGAUUGCCGAUGGCGAGGAAAAACACCUCCGGUCGCUGCAGAGGACCAGGCGGAAGAAGAUUGACGAGAUCAAGCUGGCGACGAGGUACGAUCACCUGAAGAUGCUGCUGGAGAAGUACGACGAUACGAACCCCAAGAAUGCAGCAGCAGCGGCGACGAACAUGGGUGCGGGUCAAGCAAAUGCAGCGGCCAGGGCAGCACAGGUGCAGAGACAAAAGCAACAGCAGCAGCUGUCGGCCGGCUCCGUGAGCGGUGGCGGGCCUGGGCCAAGGCCAGGGCCAGGGCGAGAGCCUCGACAAUUUCAGGGAAAGGUCGACGGGAGGCCGUUGGAGCGAGGAGCGCCGGUCGGCGCCACGUCACAGCAACAGCAGGUCCAGUUUCCAUCACAACAGCAAGCGUCAGGGCAGAAUCAAAGAACGGGUGCACCAGCGGCGCAGCAAGUUUCAGCGACUUCACCAUCGGGAGCACCAGGCCCUCCAACAUCGGCUCUGCAGCAAGGACCGUACCAAAAGACAUUUCUCGAUCGACUGGCCGACGUCAUGCUUGGCGCGGACCCUUCGACGACGGGUGGCGCCCCGAAUGCUGCUGAGCAGCGGUAUGCGCUCAUCUGUCACAUCUGCUUCAACCAUAAUGGCCUCUGCCACCGCGAUCAGUGGGACGAGGUGCAGUACAUCUGCCCUCGUUGCGGCACAUUCAACACCAACCGGCCUUCGACGGUGCCUGUCUCUUCGCCGUGGGGCAACUCACCGCCUACGAGCAGGAUCAGGACGCAGUCGAGCAUGUCCGGUCUCGGCCAGCCGCGCGAGAAGGCCCAAGACGGCCGACACGCCAAUCGAAACAGCCUGGGCGCCCUGCCGUCAGAGUCGCCACUCCUGUCGGCACCCAACGGCUCUCCUCUGAGACAAGGGUUUAACAGAGAAGAAACAGGAGAGAAUGAGGGCGAGAGGGACGAGACGGAGAACAUCGAGGGCGACUCGAUUCGCUUAGAAAACUCAUCAUCUUCCGAGGCAAAGGAACGAGACUCUUCGACGACUGCCCUGGCGGGCCGAAGAACAACAAGUGGCGACGACGAUGAUGUAUCUUCGAAGUUGAGGUCUCGGGGCACCAAGGCGAGAGAGGGCUCCUCGUCGCCGGUCAUGGACGUUGACUGA